CCGGGGCGUGAGACCCGCCCCAGCCCUCCCCAAUCCAGAUCUCGGGCGGUGACUCCUGGCCGGAUCCGGAAGUAGAUCUCAAGCCAGGAGGAGGAAGCGGGUGGCGGCCCAGUCAGCAGCCGGCGGCGGGGAGGCCGGUAGGCGGCGGCGGUCCAGAGGGGCGGCGGCCGCGCUGCUCCCUGCGAACCAGUCCCGGGCCGGGCAGGCGGGCGGCCUGAGGACGCGGCGCCAUGAAGCUCUACAGCCUCAGCGUCCUCUACAAAAGCGAAUCCAGGGCGGUGCUGCUCAAAGCCGCGUACGACGUGUCUUCUUUCAGCUUCUUCCAGAGGUCUAGUGUUCAGGAAUUCAUGACCUUCACAAGUCAACUGAUUGUGGAGCGCUCAGCAAAAGGCACCCGAGCGUCUGUCAAAGAACAAGACUAUCUGUGCCAUGUCUAUGUCCGAAAUGACAGUCUUGCAGGUGUGGUCAUUGCUGACAAUGAAUACCCAUCCCGGGUGGCCUUUACCUUGUUGGAGAAGGUACUAGAUGAAUUCUCCAAGCAAACUGACAGGAUAGACUGGCCAGUAGGAUCCCCUGCUACAAUCAAUUAUACAGCUCUGGAUGGUCACCUUAGUAGAUACCAGAACCCACGAGAAGCUGACCCCAUGACUAAAGUACAGGCCGAACUAGACGAGACCAAAAUCAUUCUGCACAACACCAUGGAAUCUUUGUUGGAGCGAGGUGAGAAGCUAGAUGACUUGGUGUCCAAAUCCGAGGUGCUGGGGACACAGUCUAAAGCCUUCUAUAAAACUGUGAUAUUUCAUCGACAGGAAUGGGUCCUGCUGACCACCUCUUUCUUUCAGGCCCGGAAACAAAACUCGUGCUGUGCAAUCAUGUGACGUGGCCCACAGAGACCCAGCGCUGGAACGUCACCGUCAUUCACAUCAGAACCACAGCCCCUGGAAAAGAAGAGACAGCCAUAGACAAGGACCCAGAGUGGGGGCAGACGGCCAUUUUUAUUUUUGGAGUUCCCAGGAGGAACCACUGAGGGUGGUGGAAGGGUGGGAAAUGUUCACAUUCACAUGUCUUAUAGUAAUUUUUGGAAAUAAUUUGAGGCCCAAAGGUGUACUUCUGGGCAAAUGAAACCAUAAACUCUGGGUGGCUCCUGCAGAUGCGGAAGGGCUUUUUCUCAGUGAACCAUGGGAAGGCUCUGUGAAGGAGGUCAGAGCCAGCUGUUUCUUGGCCUCGGUACAUCUGGAUUUUAUGUGUACACUAACGGUAUUAACACUCCAGUGGGUGGGGUUGGGGGGAGGGGAGAGUCCCUGAUGCCAGGGCUGGGGUGGGCAGAGCUUGAGAAACCCUCUCCUGGGGCUACUGUGGGAGGUGUGGGUGAGCCUAUCACAGUGGUCACAGGUGGGCCAACACUUCAGGCCCAAGGUCUGUUGGGGAGAAACAGCCACCGGGUCUCACAAAUUCUGAAACUUGUUUAGCUUGCCUUUCUGCUAAGAUUGGCUUCCCACUGAGGGCAGGGCCCAUCAUAAGCAGUUUCCAUUGAGUAGAACAGAAGUGGCUGUGGGAGUGUUUGGAAGGAGCUUAUGUGUGGGUGGGAGUCUGUGGGUCGUGGUUGUGUCGGCAGCAGGCUGGGUCCUAAGCCCGGGAAAGUGGGUGUUCUUUGGUGUUUGGUCAGCUGGGAGUGCCAUUUUCAGGGGAAGAUCCAAACACAGGUGCACUCAGCUGCCCAGGGCCUGGGGGACACUUGCCUUGCACCUUGACUUGAACAUCGCAAUCAAAGCAGUAGGUGCUGUCAUCUCUCACAACUGGUUUUUAUUUGCCUCUGGUUAUAAGACUGCCUUGGCAGCCACCUGGGGCCUACAUGUUAAAAUAAGUGUCUUUCCUGUGGGCACCAGAGGGAGGUGCCAGUUGGCCAAGGACUCCCAGCACCCCACCUGGUCUGGCCAGUGCAGGCCUGCUAGUCUCUUCCUGGUCACAGGUGGCUGUGUGGGUGGUGGAGGCCGAGGGGUUGGUCUGAGCUGGUGCUUGCCCCCUAGCAGGAGGCCUGCCCGUGGCGUGGAUCCUCGAAACAGGCUGGAGCAGCCCAGGAUGUUCUGGGUCCCUUGGGUUCUAGUGCCAUGUUCCAAACUGCCUCUUCAUGUUCCACUGUGCUCAAGACACAUUCCUGGGAUCCAGUCUCCAUGGAAGCCCCUGCUGGGAUGGUGUCAUCGAGUUUUGAACCAAUGUGGUCUCAGCCUUGGGAGCCCUGCCCUGAGCUCGCCACAUUGUGGAGGGUUCCCACUCCUGGCCGGAAGUCCCAGUGGCCCUGAAUCCCCAGGGCGGGCAUGAAGGUGGGGUCUGUUGUGGUUUCUGAGGACCCCACCCCCCGGCUGGUUUACCUGCCACCACCCUUUUUCUCUGGGCACUGCUGGCCAAAGGACUUGGCCUACCCUGGAAGUAGCCCGUUCAUGUUAUUUUUCUACUGCCACAGACACGCCAAGGCUCAGACGCAGCUGUCACUGGUGCCUGGGUGGAGUGGAGCGGACCGGGAUCUGAGUGAGAAGGAACAGGGGGAUGUUGCCUCUUUUCCUCUCGCAGUUGAGGACUGGGGAGGCAUGGGGGCGGGGGUGGAGGUGUGAACUGGGGGAAGAGCAAGUGAGACCUUCACCUGUGUCUGCCUGCCCUUUCUGAGGACUUUGCCUGGGUCAGCCCCUGCCCAUGCAGGGCAGGGGGGGUGGGUUUGACUCAGGCUCUGUGAUAAGACAGAGGGCCCGUCCUGCAUAUUUCCUGCUCCCUGUGUUCUGAUGUUAAAUCAUUUGGCAAGAGUGUAUUUUAAUAACUGCUGCCUAACUUUUCUCUGUGUUCUGUUUGAGAGGUUCCUGUCUGGAUAAAGUUGUCUUUCGAAGUUC